AUGGCAAAGCGAGCAUUCGUUCUUUGCGUACUAGCUGUGCAGCUCCUCGGAGCGCUAGCAUCGACCGCCGACAACUGGAAACUCGUGCCGGAUGAGUCCGGUCGGUUGCGUCUGGUCAACACCAACCCUUACGACAUCCCGGAAGGCGAGAAUGAGGUGGAGCCACUGUUCGUCCCAGAGACGGAUGUGAUUUUCCGACUGUUCACGCGCCGCAACCCAGCUCACGGACAAGUGAUCGACUGGAACAACCCAGCCUCGGUUCAGAGCUCCAACUUUGAUCCGUCACACCCAACCCGCUUCACUAUCCACGGAUGGAACGGCGGAGAAACGUCCGGUCUGCAUGCGAACAUCCGCCAGAACUACCUCGGCGUCGGAGAAUUUAACGUGAUUGCCGUCGAUUGGGGAGUUGGCGCACAAACGGUCAACUACAUUGCUGCCCGGAACCGCGUGGCAUCGGUUGGAGACAUGAUUUCGCGCAUGGUCAACACGCUCGUGUCGGCUUCCGGAACAUCACGUAACAACAUCUACCUGAUCGGUCACAGCUUGGGUGCACAUGCGGCGGGUAAUGCUGGCAAGAUGCAGAACGGACAGCUCAACAGUAUCAUCGGUCUAGACCCGGCUGGUCCUCUGUUCUCGUUGGGAGACUCAGACAUCAUGGAACCUCGGGAUGCUCAGUACACCGAGGCCAUCUUCACUAACGCCGGUCUGCUUGGGUUUGAUCUCCCUCUGUCAGAUGCCAACUUCUACCCGAACGGAGGUCGCUCGCAACCCGGUUGCGGUAUCGACGUAGCCGGUAAUUGUGCUCACUCGCGCGCUCAUGAGCUGUACGCCGAGUCGGUGUCCACGACCAUCGGAUUCCGAUCGACGCGUUGUGCCAGCCACGGUGAAAUUGUUGCCGGACAGUGCACGCCUUCCGGUACAGCGGACAUGGGAGGUGAGCCAUCCAACCAGGGUCGUGGUGUAAACGGCAACUACAUCGUGUCCACCAACGGCGCGACUCCGUUCGCUCAGGGAUAG